UGCCAGGCGGAGUUCCCCUCCCUGGAAGAGUUCGUGCAGCACAAGCUGCGGAAGGUCUGCCAGCGAGCCCCCGAAGCGCUGGCUGCUGCGUCGGCAGCCCUCCUCAGCCCAGAAGCACAAAAGGUCGUUCCUUCUGUCGAGGAGUCGAUAACUGUUGCGCACAUCGUUGUUGAAGCGUCUUCAAUAGCAGAAGAAAUCAGCAACGCAUCUGCUCUAGUGGGCAGCGGGCACAUCAAGGAAGUCAUUGUUGCCGGAGACCACGUCUUUGAAAACCCAAACGGUCACGUUGAUGGGGAAGUGACUGAAGAGCACGGCAACCCUGAUGAUCAGGAGCAGGAUGCUUCCACAGAACUGAUAAAGGUGAAGCUGCUGGUUAACAAAGAAGGGCGCUACGUAUGCGAGUUAUGCCAGAAGACCUUCAAAACGGCCAUCAUCCUCAAAGCUCACAUGAUCACGCACAGCAGCAGGAAGGACUAUGAGUGUAAGCUCUGUGGGACUUCCUUUAGGACAAAAGGCUCUCUGAUUCGACACCAUCGGCGCCACACUGAUGAAAGACCUUACAAAUGCAAGAAAUGUGGGAAAAGCUUCCGGGAGUCGGGAGCUUUGACUCGGCACCUGAAAUCUCUGACACCUUGCACCGAAAAAAUUCGCUUCAACGUGACCAAAGAAAUAGUAGUCAACAAAGAUGAUCUGCCUGCAGGAUCCUGUGGCUCAAACACCGACACCGUGUCAGCAAUAGCGAGCGAACCCAUCGAGACCUCGCCCGUCAUUCAUCUCGUGACGGAUGCGAAAGGCAACGUUCUUCACGAAGUCCACGUCCAGAUGCAGGAGCUUCCUGUUGUAGAUGCAAAAUCCCUGGACCAGGAUCAGUCGCAUCCCGAGGAGCUGCCGUGUGAGGGCGAGGUGAACAGUGAGAACCUGCUGAGGCAGGCCAUGAGGAAUUCGGGGAUUGUGAUAGAGAGAGUCACUGUGGAGGAGAUGCAAAAGCCAGAGGAGCCUGCUGGAGCUGCCGCAGAGGAACUCGAAAACGAAGCGGUGGAAGCAGAAGAGGAGCCGUGUGGGGAACAGUGUGUUGAAGUAGAGCACGCGGAGUCUACAGAUGCAGAAGGGACAAAUGGGUACAAAAGUUACAUUUGUCCUCACUGUAAUGAAGCCUUCAGUGAAGCUGCUUCCCUCGAAACACACAUCAAACGUCAUUUAGAUUACAAGCCUUUCAAGUGUGAGGAGUGUGGCAAAGAGUUCACAAAGGGCUACCUGCUAAAAAAGCAUCGAGAGGUGCACGUGAACGAACGGCGUUUCCGCUGUGGGGAGUGUGGCAAGCUCUACAAGACCAUCGCGCACGUGAAGGGGCAUCGACGAGUGCAUUCUGAUGAGCGGCCCUAUUCCUGUCCGAAGUGUGGCAAGCGGUACAAGACCAAGAAUGCCCAGCAAGUUCAUUUCCGUACGCACUUGGAGGAUAAGCCCUACGUCUGCCAGUACUGCAGCCGGGGCUUUCGGGAAAAGGGCUCGCUGGUCCGCCACAUCCGCCACCACACGGGGGAAAAGCCCUUCAAGUGUUACAAGUGCGGGCGAGGGUUUGCAGAGCACGGCACGCUCAACAGGCACCUGAGAACCAAAGGUGGCUGCCUCCUUGCUUUGAAAGAGGUGGAAGAAGUGGUGGUGUCUGAGGAAAGCCAGUCGGCGGACAACUUAGCUGCCACAGUCAUUUCUGAAGAUCCUCACACUGUUUUGGUAGAGUUUUCUUCAGUGGUGGCGGACACUCAGGAGUACAUCAUCGAGACUGCUACUGAAGACAUGGAGACCAGCGAAGCUACUGAAAUAAUAGAGGGAACAAGACAUGAGGUCGACAGCCACAUUAUGAAGGUCGUGCAACAAAUAGUCAAUCAAGCAAACUCUGGUCACCAGAUCAUUGUGCAGAACGUCACCGUGGCAGAAAACUCUGAAGUGACCACGGAUGCUGCAGACACCAUCACCAUCGCCACCCCCGAAAGCCUCACGGAGCAGGUCGCCAUGACGCUGGCCUCCGCCAUCGGCGAAGGAGCCGUGCUGACUACGGAGGGUAGCAUCGAGACGGAAGAAGCAACGGUGACGAUGGUGGCGUCCGAGGACAUUGAAAUAAUGGAACACGCAGGAGAGUUUGUGAUCUCCUCCCAGGAGGGGGAGGUGGAAGUCCAGACUGUGAUUGUGUAACGAACAGCGUGCAGCUAGCGACAGGCUGUUUUUCUCCAGUUUGGGGAAUUUGAUCAGUCCUAAGUUUGCCAUUGUAAUUGUUCAGAGAGCAAGGGAGAGAAUGCUUCUGUAGGUAAGCGGCUUAAUACAGCCCCGAGAUGUUUUCUGUUUGAAAUGGAAAUAACAGCAGUAAAACACCUCUGCAUGGUUAUACUGUGCAAGUGACUGACACGCCCUAUUUGACAGUCUCAGUAUUUUGUACAGCUGCCUCAGAGGAGGAUCCUUUGUGAAGCAUUCGCCUCUGACCACAGGACAGGAGUGUUCUGGUGUUUAGAUUUAAAAGGAUUCAGAAAGUGAAGCAAGUAUGUGGGGUCUCAGGAGAGACUACUUAAUCAUAUGCAUUUAAAACAAACCAAGAAAACCAAACGAAGGAGUGCUGGUGUGCAUUCACCACCGCUCAAACUUUCAUGCCUUCAGCCUCACUACUUUAGUCCUCCUAAGGCAUGGUACUGCAGUAUUUUUCUUUUCUUUUAUACCCUGGACAAGUAGCCUUAUGUACUGGUCUACGAAAGAAUGCAUCCUUGUACCCUUGCAGUGCUGACAGGCUACUCUGAGAGCUAGUCUGUUGGUGUGUAAAGCCAUAUUGUAUAUGAUUUUUUUUUUUAAAACCAUAUAUGGAUUUUUAAUGGCAUAUUGUACAGAUUCAGCAUGUAAAUAAAUACAUUUUUAAAAAUAAAAGUUAUUUAAAG